AAAAGAUAUAAACGGCUUGUUCUCCGAUUAAUUAAAUGAAGGCAGAAUAAACUCCAUUACAUCUUCUCUCUUCUAUCUACCAUCCUUCUUUAAAGUGGAAGAAGAGACAAAGAUGACCAACAAAGCACAUGUUGUGAUUGUUGGAGGUGGAGUGAUUGGUGUAAGUACGGCAAUUGCAUUGCUCAAUCAUCCCGUCGAAUCAUACGAUGUUACAAUCGUGGCACCCGAUCUACCUUCACUCGAUUCCACAACAUAUCGUCCAAACCCCGUUCAAGGUGAAGCAGCUUUAGCAUCGUAUGCAAGCGCAUGGGCGGGUGCACAUCAUGUAAGUGAUGCCAAAAUACCAAAACAAAUUAAACGUGAUCGUGAGACAUACAAAGUUUUGACUAAAUUGGAAGAAGCAUGGAGACAACAAGGAUGGAGUAAAGAUAUAAAUAAAAGACCUUUAGUAUACGUUCAUCAAACAGAAUAUUGGAGUCAUAAAGCUGAAUUAUUGGAAUCUUGUGUUGACUGGUAUCCGGGUUACAAACAAUUACCAAAAGAAUCUUUACCUGAUUCUAUCGACUUUGGCGCAACAUUUAAAACGUUGGAUUUGGAUAUCCCCAAAUAUUUGCCAAUGUUAUAUGCUUAUUUCUUGAACUUGGGCGGAAGGUCGAUAAAACAUAAAGCAAGCAGUAUCUCUGAAGCUAUUUCACUGUCGUAUAGCAGCGCAGCCUCUGUCACACAAAUGGUAGAUGGAAGAGCAAGAACGGCAGAGCCAACGAGCACUUCAAUCAAGCCAUCUUUAGUGAUUGCUUCGCCUGGCUUGGGUGCAAAAGAGUUGUUAGGAGAUGAUGACGUCCUUCCUAUUCGCGGACAGACUGUUCUUUUGCACGCUCCAUGGUGUACAACAACAGCCGUUCAUGGUGCAGAAACGGCAAAGCAAAGUGAAACAACAUGGUGUGGAGUAUCAAAAGUGAUUGCUGCACAAGGUGGGUAUCGUGAUACAUAUGUGAUCCCAAGAGGUGAUGGAACGAUCAUUUGUGGUGGAACACGUUUAGAAGAUGAUUGGGAUGUUGAACCAAGGAUAGAGACUUCUCAUGAUAUCUUACGUCGUGUGUUGGCUUUGAUGCCUCAAUUGCAAAAGCCAAAGCAGAAUGGCGAUUCAUCUAAUGGAAAUGCAACAGCACAAAAGAAUCCUCAUGCGGGAGAAUACGACGUUGAAAUCGCUGCUGUCAACGUUGGAUUGCGUCCGGGUAGAAAGGGUGGUAUCCGAUUAGAGAAUGGCCCAAAAGUGGAUGAAAUCCCGAUGGUAUACUGUUAUGGGUUCGGUGGAAUCGGUUAUCAAAGUUCUUGGGGUGCUGCUUUUGAGGCUCGUUCGCUGGUCGACGAAGCAUUGAAUCGCACUCUUGCUCCUGAUCAAAGUACAUUUGCCGAUCUAGACUCCGGCAAUCUUGUUCUGCCUGAUCCUUCUACCUUGUUCACGAAAGAACACAUCAAUGGCUCUGCACCAGCCGUUAACGGACAUUGAGUCGUAUCUUUUUUGUACAUUAUCAUAUAUGCUAUUAUCGCAAUGUAUUGCUCAACAAACCUA